UGUGUCUCCUCCGUGGACCGGCAGCAGCACAUGCUGCAACCACACCGAUAGGAGACAAUACUGGGUCCAAGUGAGGAGGACAAUACUCGGUCCAUGUGAGCGUCUCUCGCACCUUUAAACCUUUAAACCUGCUCUCUUUAAACCUGCUCCUGCACGCACACGCGCCGCUCCGCAGCUGAAGCCCAGCGCGCUCCCGUCACUGCGGCUGACGUCACAUCCAGCAUGGCGGUCAAGGUGCAAACCACUCGAAGAGCCGACCCCCUCAACUUGAAGAGUAUCUUCCUCAAGUAUGCCAGCGUGGUGGAAGAUGGGGAGCAUUACAUGACCCCCAAGGACUUUGUGCAGAGAUACCUGGGUCUGCACACACAGGCGCAGCACAACCCCAAAACUGUGGAUCUGAUAGCUGGAGUGGCUGACACCACGAAAGAUGGAUUGAUCUCUUUCCAGGAGUUUAUGGCCUUUGAGUCAGUUCUGUGUGCCCCCGACGCGCUCUUCAUAGUGGCCUUUCAGCUGUUUGACAAGAACGGCACUGGGAACAUCUCAUUUCAGAACGUCCGGGACAUCUUCAGCCAGACUACAGUUCAUCACCACAUUCCCUUCAACUGGGACUGUGAGUUCAUCAGGCUACACUUCGGCCAUGAAAGAAACAAGAACCUUAGCUAUGCAGAAUUCACUCAGUUUCUGCAGGAGCUGCAGCUGGAGCACGCCCGCCAGGCGUUUGCACAGAAGGACAAGAAAAAAGGUGGCGCCAUCACCGCGCUGGACUUCAGCGACAUCAUGGCCACCAUCAGGCAUCACAUGUUGACUCCUUUUGUGGAGGAGAACCUGGUUUCAGCUGCCGGAGGCAGCACCUCCCACAUGGUGAGCUUUUCCUACUUCAACGCCUUCAACGCCCUCCUCAACAACAUGGAGCUGAUCCGCAAGAUUUACAGCACCCUCACCGGCACCAGCAAGGACACCCUCGUCACCAAAGAGGAGUUUAUUCUUGCCGCAAAUAGGUUUGGCCAAAUCACCCCGAUGGAGGUCGACAUCCUGUUCCAGCUGGUUCGCCUGCAUUCUCACUCCGGGCGGCUGAAACGCUCAGACAUCGACAGGGUCGCCCCGCACGAGGAAGGAGCCACGCCAUUCCUCCUGGCAGAGACCCAGAAACAGCAUGCUCACGAGCACCGGCCCGUCUGGCUCCAGGCGGCGGAGUCCGCCUACAGGUUUACCUUGGGCGCAAUCGCUGGAGCCACCGGCGCCACAGCCGUGUACCCCAUCGACCUGGUGAAGACCCGCAUGCAGAACCAGCGCUCCACAGGCUCCUUUGUGGGAGAGCUCAUGUACAAGAACAGCUUUGACUGCGCCAAGAAGGUGCUCCGUUACGAGGGCUUCUUCGGAUUCUACCGAGGUCUGCUCCCGCAGCUCAUUGGCGUUGCUCCGGAGAAAGCUAUCAAACUCACGAUGAACGAUUUCAUCAGAGACAAGUUCACCACAGAAGAUGACACCAUCCCUCUGCCUGCUGAGAUUCUUGCUGGUGGAUGUGCCGGAGCUUCUCAGGUGAUUUUCACCAAUCCUCUGGAGAUCGUUAAGAUCCGACUGCAGGUGGCUGGCGAGAUCACCACGGGCCCCAGGGUCAGCGCCCUGAGUGUCGUGAGAGACCUGGGCUUCCUCGGCCUCUACAAGGGAGCCAAAGCCUGCUUCCUGCGCGACAUCCCCUUUUCCGCCAUCUACUUCCCCGCCUACGCCCACACCAAGAAGAUGCUGGCAGACGAGGACGGCGGGCUGGGGGCGCUGCAGCUCCUGACUGCCGGAGCCAUUGCAGGUGUACCGGCGGCGUCUCUGGUGACCCCCGCUGAUGUCAUCAAGACCAGGCUCCAGGUGGCGGCCCGAGCAGGCCAGACGACAUACAGCGGCGUCAUCGACUGCUUCAGGAAGAUUCUGCAUGAGGAAGGUUUCAAGGCGUUUUGGAAGGGAGCAGGAGCUCGAGUCUUCAGGUCAUCACCACAGUUUGGCGUAACCCUGGUGACCUAUGAACUGCUACAGAGAUGGCUCUACGUGGACUUUGGAGGACAUCGUCCCACCGGCUCCGUGCCCGUUCACCAUCCCAAGAGGGAGGACCUCCCCUCCGUGACUUCAGACCAUGUGGGCGGCUAUCGUCUGGCUGCCGCAACUUUUGCGGGCGUGGAGAGGAAGUUCGGUUUGCACCUUCCAAAGUUCAAGCCGUCCGGAGAAGCAACAGUCAAAUCAGCCCCAACAAAACCUCAGGCCGUGUAACGGGUCCCCCGCUGAGACUGCGAGGGCCGCAUGUUCCUCCAGUUGGCAUUUAGAUUUGAAUGGUGGUCUCAUUUCAAAUGGUGCAUGACUUAUUUAUUCUUUGCAUUGCUUGCACAAUUUUACUGUACACAUUGUACUUCUCAAGAGAGGGACAUUACGGCUUUACUAAGAGUUCUUAAAAAACAGCUUUUUUUUCUGGGGUGCAAUAGCUUUGGUGUGCAUGAGCCAGUCACAUUUAAGAGACGUGGUUGUACAGAUAUUUUCAAAGUAUUUAUUUUGAAAUCAUGACCAGGGACAAGGGGAAAUAAUUCAAAUGUAUUUAUUGUAUUUUAUUGAAAUAAAUCAUUUAAAGUGUU